GCAAAUUAAAUUUCACUUAAAUGUGCAUGCAUGAUAUGCAUGCUAACAUUUUGUUUGGAAUUGUGUGGGUGCAAAUGUAUGAAUGCAGCAGGUGGCUGAUGACUAUGUUUUGGUGAAGAUAUAUCACAAGAACAUGAUGAGGAGCAACUCUUUUGUUCCUGCACCACAAGUACUACAACAAGAUCAUCUUCUUCAUGAUAAUAAUGCUGUUGCGGCAGAUCAUCAACAAGAAGAUAAUGAUAAAGCCCUUGUUCCAAUCACCAUUGUUGCUGGAGAAAGUCAUCAUAAUCAAGAUAGUGAUGAAGGAAUGAAGGAAUAUCAUCACAAGAACAUGAACAACAACUCAUCAUUUGUUGCACCACAAGUGCCAGAUUAUCAUGAUGAAGAUUUUAUUGAAGGCAUGAUGAAUUUAUUGAUUCAUCAACAAGAGGAAACCCCCCUCCUCCUCCUUCCAAAUGAUCAUCAACAAGAGGAUAAAUCCCUCCUUCCAAAUGCUUAUACUGCUGCUCAAUUAUCUUCAUCAUCAUCAUUAUCAUCAAGCCAAUAUAAUGAAGCCAUGAUGAACUUCUUGAUCCAACAAGAGGAGAUCAACCCCACCCUUCCAAACACAAGUCCUACACUUCAUCAUCAACAUGAACAUGAUGAUGCUCCAAAUGAUGAUCCUCUUCAUUAUCUACUCAACGACAAUCUUGAAGCUCAGCAUCAGCAUCCAACAAACACGUUGUCGCCAUGCGUUGCCCAAGAUUAUAUGAUGCUCUCCGAUUUCGCGCCAAGCGAUGAAAGGCUUCAAGUAGAGUCGGCUCCGUUCCCACCAUCACCAAUCAGAUACGACGACGACUGCUCGUACCCACUCGAAGACUUCUGCGAUAUAUGGUCGGAGUCAUAUCAUCAAGACUUGAUGUUUGCUCAACAAGCUGCUGCUUCUGAUGCUCAUUAUUAUCAUGAACUUGAUAAAAAUAACAACAAUAACAAACGUCAAAGGCUCGUUUAGAUUUCGGAGCACUUCAUUUUUGUUGUAUUCUAUGUUUCCACGAUGAAGUUCACAUUUUUUCUACUACUGCAUAAAAUAUUGUGUUGGUU